AUGGCCCAGAAGACCAUGAAGGCCGUCGUCUUUGACGGGCCGCAUAAGGUGUCGGUUCAGGACCGGCCGGUUCCUAAACUGCAACAUGGUGGGGACAUCAUCGUCAAGGUCCAAGCAGCGGCGCUGUGUGGCUCUGAGCUCCAUACUUUCCGCGGGCACGCCAAGUCCGACGCGGGCUUCAUCAUGGGCCACGAGUUCACUGGGGUAGUAGUCGAGGCUGGCUCAGACGUGAAGACGGUUAAGGAAGGGGACAAGAUCGUCUCUCCUUUCACAACUACCUGUGGGAAAUGUUUCUAUUGCGCGAAUGGCUACUCUUCCCGCUGCGUAGAGAGCCUGCUCUUUGGCUGCCCAAAGCUAGACGGAGCGCAGGCCGAGUACGUGCGGGUGCCCAACGCCGACGGCACGGUGGUGAAGGCACCCCCCGAGAUCCAGGACCAAUCUCUCGUGCUCAUGGCGGACAUCUUCCCGACGGGCUACUUCGGCGCCAAGAAUGCCUUCAGCCGGCUUUCUGCCAGCGAGAUCGCCAACGGCACGGUCGUGGUCGUCGGCUGCGGGCCCGUCGGCCUGUGCGCCAUCAUUGCCGCGCUCGAGUACAAGCCGAAGCACCUCUUCGCCGUGGACAGCGUGGAGAGCCGCCUGGAGGAGGCGAGGAAGCUGGGCGCGGAGCCGCUGAACUUCGUCAAGGACAAGGAGGGCAUGUUUGAGAAGGUGAAGAGUGUCACAGAGGGCAGGGGCGCGGAUGCGGUGAUUGAAGUUGUUGGGCUGAGCCCGGCGCUGAGGACGGCCUUUGACCUCUUGAGGCCUUGGGGAGUCAUCUCGAGUAUUGGUGUGCACAAUGCCGAGAUCCCAUGGAGUGGUACCGAGGGCUAUAACAAAAACGUCAAACUUCAAAUGGGCCGGUGCCCGGUGAGGUCGUUGUUCCCCGAAGCUCUGGCCUUGCUUGCGAGGCACCAGGACAAGUUGAGCUUCAUGUUCGACAAGAUCAUGCCCCUGUCGGAGGCGGUAGAAGGAUACGACCUGUUCGAUAAGAUGAAGGUUCAGAAGGUCGUCUUCAAGCCGUAA